GGAGGAAAAGUGUGAGAAUGAACAGGAUCCCAGCCGCUGCAGCUUGAGUUUCUGGACCUAACCAGAGAUGCUAGCUUAGCCUGCUCAGCUCAUCACACCCUUGGCGUCACCAUGCUCCUGGCUUUAGUUCUCAUUCUGGCCCUAUCCUGCAAUGCUGCUGAAACUUCCAACUCUUCCUCCAUCACGUUUCAGUACCGCGUUUGGGAGGAGCAGCCUUUGGGAACACAGGUCGGCAGUCUGUCCGAUGACCUCCGCAAACGGGAUGAACCUGGUCACUUGGAGGGCUUCCAAGUAGUCGAACACGGAAAAACCUUGCCUUUUGCUGUCAAUGUGCAAGAUGGGGUAAUUUCCACCCAAGGUCGUUUGGACAGAGAACAAUUAUGUCGAAAUUCUGACAUUUGUGAAAUUGCUUUCAGCGUCCUUUACCGGAAAGGCGGGGAUGUUAACUGUUUAAGAGUUCACAUUGAAAUCAUGGAUCUAAACGAUAAUAGUCCCAGCUUUCCAAAUCCGCUUCAAGAAUUGGACAUUUCUGAAACCGCUGCGUUACGUAUGAGGAUACCUUUAGAACAUGCAGUCGAUCCGGAUGCAGGGCCGAACGGACUUCAAACUUACUCGCUAUCAACAAACACACAUUUUGCCUUGGAUGUUACGGCGGCUCCUGGCGGAACCAAGCAAGCCGAACUAGUUGUUAUCAAAGAAUUAGACCGGGAAGUUAAAGAUGUUUUUGAGCUAACGCUUGUCGCUUGGGAUAAAGGGAAUCCGCCAAAAUCAGGAAGUACGUUGGUUCGUGUUAAAAUUCAAGAUUCAAAUGACAACAGUCCAAAUUUUGAAGACAGUACACCGAUUUUGGAGCUUCCAGAAGAUACGGAAAUUGGCACGGUUAUUCUAAAUUUAAAGGCAGUUGAUCCAGAUGAAGGAGAUAACGGUUUGGUGGAAUAUUCGAUUAGCAAGCACACCCGCCAAGAGACUAAACGACUAUUCACAAUUGAUCCACAGACUGGCGACAUUAGCUUAAGAGCGCUUCUUGAUUAUGAAGAUACAAAUUCCCAUGAAGUUAUCAUCCAAGCUCGUGACAAAGGCCCUAAUUCCAUACCUUCCCACUGCAAACUCCAUGUUAAAGUACUAGAUAUUAAUGAUAACGCGCCAAGAAUCCAUGCAACCUGGACUACACCUGAUUCCCCUGGCCCAAAUAUUCUUGAAGGAGCAGAAAUAGGAACUUUUCUAGCCUUGGUUCUAGUCUCCGAUGCCGACUCUGGCAAAGAUGGUGAAGUUGAAGCCACGUUAAAAGAAGUAUCUGGACCUUUUCGACUUGUACAACUGCAACGCAAUAAUUACAAAAUAGUUACCAAUGGUAUGUUGGAUCGCGAGAAAGUCAGCAAAUAUACUAUUACGAUAAUCGCUCAAGACCAAGGAAAUCCUCCGCUACAAUCAGUUUACCAACUUCCUGUUCAUGUUUUAGACCAAAAUGACAAUGCCCCUGUAUUUUCAACACCGAUUUACAAAGCCGAAAUCAGUGAAAACAAUGAACAGGAUUACCGUGCUUUAAAAGUUGAAGCGUACGACAUGGACAUAGAACUCAGCGGUAGAGUUUCGUACAGUAUCCAAAAUGCAAACGAUUAUCCUUUUUCUAUACACAGAACCACCGGAGUCAUAACUGUUCACCAUUCAUUGGAUUAUGAGCUAGCAAAGUCAUAUUCGUUCAUUAUAGAAGCAGUUGAUCACGGAUACCCACCUCUAUCAAGCACAGCUAUGGUAGAAAUCCAAGUUUUGGAUGUGAACGACAAUUAUCCGAUUAUUGUUGAGCCAAAAUCUAAAAGAGGCAUUGCAUCGGUUAGCGUUCCUGUCAAUGCCGAAAAAGGGGAGAUUGUCGCAGAACUUGGAAAUAGCGAAAAAAUAGCAAGUCAGAUUGAGGUUGGACGGUUUCUUGCAUUGACAAUCAAAGCUACAGACAUGGAUGAAGGAAUCAACAGCGAGCUACGUUAUGUUAUUAGCAAAGAGAACAAACAGGGAUUAUUUAGCUUGGAUGAAAUGUCUGGGAAUUUAUAUGUUAACACCACAAAUGCAACAGAAUUAAUUGGGAAAACAUUUCAAGUAGAUGUAACCGCUCUGGACAAAGGAACUCCAAGUUUGUCCACCACGGCCAUGCUUGAAAUGACUUUUAUCAACUUGAAAGAUCAUUUAAAAAGCUCUUCUGAUGGGACUAGAAACCAUCUUAGCUUCACCAUGAUGCUAGCGAUUUGUUUAGGCGCGACUUGCUUGCUCUUGUUGCUAGCCGUAGCCUUGGUGACUACGUUUUGCCGACCCGUUAAAAGAGAAAACCGUGCGUACAACUGUCGUCACGCGGAAUCGACAUACACGAGGCAUCCCCGGCGCCCGCAAAAGAAUAUUCGAAAAUCAGACAUCCAGCUAAUCCCGGUAAUACGAGGUAGAAAAGAUGACCAGCCCAGUGACGAUAGCGAAUGCCAACCACUAUCCCCACCGUCUGCAAUGUCCGACGAUCUACGAAACGAACGACAAUACACCUUGACACCAUCUUGUCUGAACACUAGCUUCCACUCACAAAGCUACCAAGAUAUGAAUGGCUCCCAACCUAGCAUACAUCACGGUAAAACGCUGUGCAAACCCGGGAACAUCGAAUUGGAUAGCCCUUUGGUCAUAACUCCGGCUUCUUCUUACCGCACGCUUCGCAAGUCAAGAAAUCAGUCGUCGUCCUCUUCCGUGUCCCAUACUAGCACGCUAAAAAGGCAAAAAAGCCAAGAGUCCAACGAAUCCCAAGCGACAUUGAGGAGGCAGAGGACGGAGGGACAAAGCAGGGAUGAAGAACACCAGAGGAUGUGGAGGAACCUGGUCCGACUGUCCAUGGCAGCAUUUGGGGAUUCCAUUGAACUUUCUGCGGCUUCUCCAGAUGUUCAACAGAUCUCCCAGCUGCUGUCUCUGCUCAGACAAGGCCAGCUCCAGCCCAGGACCAACUUCAGAGGAAACAAGUUUUCACACCGCAGGUAUGGGGGCCAGGACUGUGGGGACUGGCAGAGCACUAAGGACAGCGGACAUGGGGAGAGUGAGCCUGGGGAUGGAGACAUGGGCUGGGACGCAGGGCCAGACUGUCCCCUAGACCCUCAGCUGGAGGAGGGGCUCAGCGACCUCAUCAACAACACCGAUGACGUCUUCUCUGAGGUCCCAGAUCCUGCCUGGAUGGCUCGACUGUCCCUGCCGCUCUCCAGUGAUUACCAUGAAAACGUUUUUGUCCCCAACGGGCCUCCAUCCACAGACAGCGAGCUCCUCCCACCUGACAGAUUGGACUCCUCCUCCUCCUUCUCCACUUUUGGUAAAUCUCCGGACAGGGAGGAGCCGGUGAACGGGGCCCUGCUCUCUGAGGUCAGUUCACUGUUCGAGAUGCUCCUGACCCAGAAGGGAGGCUCCAGGCUGGGCCCCCCUCCGGAUGUGCUGUACCGCCUGUCCAACGCCUACCGCCAGAGCAGCCACAAGAGGGCAGCACCGCACCCAUGAGAACUACACUGAAACGCACAUGCCAGGGAUGUUAAAGGCAUUAUCAGACAAAGAGAAUGUACAGAUGUUUAUGUAGGCGAUGUUACAGCAUGUUGUGGGCUGAGCUUUUAAACUGAGAGGAGAUAUUUCAGAGAUACAAAAUAACAAGACCCUCAUAAAAUGGCUGAUUUUUAAUUUAAGAUGCACUAUGGAGAGUUGGUAAGUGUCACAUCCGGCUGAUUGAAAACAAUGUUUAGAAUUUCCUCUUUUUUUUUUUUUCAUCAACAUAUCUCAUGCUUAAAAUAAACUUACAAAUGCAGUUGUUUAAAGCGAAGAAGGCUAUAAUCAUGGAUCUAUGGUUUAACUGUGAGAGAAAGUGUAUGAGGGAGGUUGAGGUAAGAAACUAUGUACACACUGGAGGUUCUAUGUUAUGCUGGAUUAUGACUACAUGAUUUACAUAUUUGAUACAAUUUGUGGUUAAACAUAAACUUUUGAAAGGCAAUUGUCUCUCGUUUGAUGAAAAAGGAAUAAAAACAAAGCUUGAAAUCAGCUGUCUUUGGUUUGGACCCGGAAGUGACAUAACUUAACAACUCUGUGGAACAUUUUAGGCAAAGCAAUAACAUCUCCAUGGUAACAAGCAGAAAACGCCUCCAGGCCAAGUUACAGGUUAGAUCUGUGGAGAGGAGACAACAUCAACUGUAAAAAUGCAUGUUUUUCAAGUUCUUUUGAGCAACUAAAACACUUAAGUGAAUAACGUAAGUGAAUAAAUGCAUGCUAGAUAAGUCCAAUACUGUAGUGUGGAACAACAUCUCCAUGGUGACGGACUACCCUACCAGAAAAGUUACAUAGUGCACCUUUAAAAAUAAAAAUCGCCCCAUAAUUGCCCAAAUUUCUCCACUUUUUAGCGCUUGUUUUGCCAACUUGUCCUCCAAAUCUGUUUCUAUUGUCUGACUCAGGAAGUGACACAAAAUGGCGGCUGCAGGAAACCCACUUUUCCUUUUAUUUUUCCUCCAAAGACGUGAAAACUCCAAACACGAGAAGAAGGGAUGUUUGUUGACCAAAGACUUUUUCCUGUUUAUGUUUUUGAAGGUAAAACGUGAAUGUGUUACUUAUGUGUUGUUUUUGACUGAAUGUUGUAAAGCACUUUGUAAAUAAUCUUGUGUAAAACUGUUUUUGUAUCGAGACUUUUUAAAUAAAGACAUUUUUGUAUAU